UUUUUUUAAAGUCUAUAUAGCAAACACUCGCCGGAAGGACACAUGGAUCCCUGUCCUUUCGUGCGACUUCUCGUCGGAAAUCUUGCUUUGAAGAUCCCGGUAGCCUCGAAGCCUGCUCGUUCCGGCGUUCAUCCGGCUUCGUCUCCAUGUUUCUGUAAGAUCAGGCUCAAGAACUUCCCUGUGCAGACCUCGAUCGUCCCUCUGAUCCCAUCCGAGACUCAGUUCCCUGAUGGUCAAACUCAAACCCUUGCUGCCAGUUUCGACUUGAGCAAAGCAGAUCUGGAGAAGCUCGCUGCCAAGUCCAUUUUUGCUGCGAAGCCUUGUCUUAAGAUUUCUAUCUACACUGGUCGUAGAGGUACUACCUGCGGUGUUAACUCUGGGAGACUCCUGGGGAAGGUUUCGGUGCCCUUGGAUAUGGAGGGAACUGAGUCUAGGUCCUCUGUUUUCCAUAAUGGUUGGAUAUCGGUUGGUAAGAAUGCUAAGGGUUCUUCGACUCAUCUCCAUUUGAAUGUGAGGGCGGAGCCAGAUCCGAGAUUCGUGUUUCAGUUUGAUGGUGAGCCUGAGUGUAGUCCUCAGGUGUUCCAGAUCCAAGGGAACAUCCGGCAACCUGUUUUUACUUGCAAGUUCAGUUUCAGAAAUUCUGGAGACCGGUAUCAGAGAUCCAGAUCGUCAGUGUCAGACCCGGGCAGUUCAAGGGGCUGGUUGAGCUCGCUUGGAAGCGAAAGAGAGAGAACUGGCAAGGAGCGCAAGGGAUGGUCGAUCACAGUCCAUGAUCUAUCUGGCUCCCCGGUAGCGGCGGCAUCGAUGGUGACACCAUUCGUCGCAUCACCAGGUUCGGACCGAGUCAGCCGUUCAAACCCAGGCGCUUGGCUGAUCCUCCGGCCUGGUGAUGGUACUUGGAAGCCAUGGGGCCGUCUGGAGGCCUGGCGAGAGCGCGGCAGCAGCGAUUGUCUCGGCUACCGCUUCGAGCUCCUCGCUGACACUAACGGUGGAAUGGGCGCGGCUGGCAUUGUGCUGGCCGAGUCUAUGCUGAGUACCAACAAAGGUGGGAAAUUCGUGAUCGACAUGAGCGCGAACGGGCGGUCAACUCCGGCCAACUCAGGUUCUCCUGCCUGUAGCCCAAGGAGCAGCGGUGAUUUUGGAUAUGGGUUGUGGCCGUAUUGUAUGUACAGAGGAUUCGUGAUGUCGUCGAGGGUGGAAGGAGAGGGAAAAUGCAGUAAACCGACAGUGGAAUUGAGUGUGCAACACGUGAACUGCACGGAAGAUGCGGCUGCGUUUGUGGCUUUGUCUGCUGCUAUCGAUCUCAGCAUGGACGCUUGCAGGCUUUUCUCGCAGAAACUCAGGAAGGAGCUUUGCCAACAGCAGGAUUUGAUGGGCUGAUUUGGAUGGUUUCAUCCCCUUCUGCUUUUGUUUUUUAUUUUUCGUUUAAUUCCUCUUUUUUUUAUUCUUUCCCAUUCCAAUUCGUUUCGAUUUAGUAGUGUUGACGAUGAUUUUGUUUUCGUCGCUACUUUCUACCUACUAACCUAACAAAAACAGGAGAGAGUUAUCCCCUUUUUUCCCCUUGAUUUGAUGAAACUGUACAGUGAGUUGAGCUUAGUUGAGCCCUUUUUUUUUUUUAUGUGUUUUUUUUAGGUUGGAAUGGGAAUGUGAGUGAUUGUGUAUUCUUUUUAUCUUCCAUUACAUAUUUAGACUCAAUGAAUGGAUAGUGUUUCU